AACCCACCGCAUUUAAAACAUUUGUAGAUGUCGGUGUACAAACUGAAUCGAAGGGUGAACGAAGUGAUUCAAUGUCAAGCAAACUUACAUUUGGAGAUCCCACGAACCCUAAUAAUCUCUCUCACGAUUCAAAGAAUGAUCGAAAUAGCCAAACUUUGACCGUACCUGAUAAUGAUGAUGAUAAACGAUUUACACUUGAUCUUAGUUCACCAUCAAACUCAUCAAAUAAUCAACAACCUCAAUCACCACGAAGUAUUUUGCAAAAUUCAAAUAAGCAACAGCAACAAGGACCAAUGCAGAGUUUAGACCCGCCUCCACGCCCCGUUAAUGGACCAUCCGCAACAUUAAUACAACGAUCAACAUCCGUAAACUUUGGUCAACAAGCGGGAACACCAAAAGUUCAACAAUCCCUCGAUAAUGCACAUAAAAGUUCAGCGGAAUCACAAGAUGGUAUACUAUCGAACGGUAAAUCAAGGGGUAUUAACAACAUAAAUGGCAGUGAACCCACCACAUCAAGACUCCAUAAUCAUUCGUCCAGUUCAGGAUCUAUCUCAACAUCGAGCAGCGCUUCGAUAACGACAGAUCCAACUCAUAGUAAAUCACCAGAACCUAAUGGACAAUUACAUAAUGGACAAUUGCCCGGACCAUCGGGUACGGACCCAACUAUAAUUCAUGCGAUCACUCAAACUAUGAUCGGUGAAUACUUGUGGAAAUAUACUCGACGUAAUUUCGGGGGUGAUAAACGACAUAAAAGGUUCUUUUGGGUUCAUCCAUAUACCAAAACUUUAUAUUGGAGCAAUAAAGAUCCAGGUAACAAUGCACCUGUUGAUCCCAAAACAAAAAGCGGAACAUCAUAUUUUGCAUAUAUAGAGUCAGUAAAACAAGUUAUUGACCAUAAUCCUUCACCUCCUGGUUUAUAUCAAAUGAGUUUGGUCAUCAAAACUCCAGAAAGAGAAUUAAAAAUUACUGCACGAACUAAGGAACGACAUGACUACUGGUACCAGGCUUUAAGUUAUUUGCUUCAACAACGACCGGAUGAAUCAGACAAAGCUAAUCAAGGACAAGGACAAGGCCAAGGACUAAUACCCGGACGACCAGGAAAAAUGGCAUCAGAUCCUUGGGAUAAGCAACCAAAUACCCGUAGUUUGUACGAUAGUACGUCACCAACUGGAUCGUUAAAAGGUGGAAACCUUAAGAAAAAAUCCAGUUUUAAUAAAAUUCAAUCAAUAUUCCGACGCCAAGACCCAUCAUCAUCAUCACCUCUUUCAUCCGAAGUGAUUGAUGGACAAUCACAACAACUUACAGUACCAGGAACGCAAUGCUGUGAUGGUCGUCAUGACGUUAGCAAACUUGAACGAGCCG